CAAUUCUCUUGCCAUGAACGGCCUGACCUUGACCACAUGGAAGAUAAUUAGCGAAUGAAAAAGCAGGAUAACAUGGUGAUAGCCAAUCCACGCACAGACCGACCAACUAAAACAACCGCUCUGCCACCCAAGAUCAGGGCGUCAAGUGUAACGAUUCGUAUAUGCUAAGUCUUGCCAUGGCACCGAUGUCUGAGACAGGUACGAUGAAGUAUAAUAGACUACCUCACCGCAUUUGUAUGCAGCUAGCAUCUCGCUGUUAUAUCUUGUCAGAUAUUGUCAAAUCCGGGCGUUGUUCGGGAUACCCGAAGUUAAUGAGAGUAACAUGAAGCACAGACAGGUAUGGCAUCCAUGACGCGCAAAUCCGCACUAACAAACACAGAAUCAUUCUGGACAUGCCAUGCCAGACUUGGCGUGCACCAGAUGCCGGGAGCGCAAGAUACGCUGUGGCCGAGAACGGCCUCGCUGUCGGAACUGUGAGAGGGAGGGAGGCGUGGUUUGCGUCUACCGGAUUCCGGCCAAGCGCGUCAACCAUCUUAAACUUCUAUGUGAUAGCAUCGAACGGCUGCAGGAUCGAUUGACAACCAUCGAGUCUCAUCUUAGUCGACUUCAUGGACCCGGCCUUGAGGAGCAGACCACCCUUUCGUGUGGGUUGCGUGGCAUGUCUGCAAGCAGUGGCAAUGAUUCCGAUCUCGAUGACGACGACACCAAGGAGGGGGUCAUGCAACAGCCAGACUAUUCUUUCGGAUCUGCCUCUGUUUCAGAUCUCUGCGACCAGCUUCGGAGACGCAUUUUAUCGGCGGCCGAAGAUUCCGAUGCCGAAUGGCGGCCGCGGUGCGACAUGCUCCAGCACCUAUGCGAGAUGGCAAGCCGGACGGAGCCUUUUCCGUCUUACAACGAUCGGAUCCUUGUUCCGCUGCUGCCUAAACAACAGGUGAUGACCGCCAUUGAUCGGUUUCUUCACCAACAAGACUGCCAGACGGACAUUUUUGUUCCUGAUAAUCUCCGGGCCAACCUUGACCGGGUGUAUGCUCAGCAACAGCCGCAGCCUGACGACGAUGCAUGGGGGAUUUGCUUCCAGACCAUCGCCAUACUAGCCCUAGGCUCAGGACUGUCACCACAGCACGGAAAUGGGCUAUUUGGCGACUUUGCUCGAUCCUUUCUACCCACGCGAGCGGCUUCGGUCAGCUCCCGCCUGCUAACCACCCCCCGGCUUAUCAAUGUGCAGACCUUGCUCCUUCUUAGUGUGGCAGCGCAACGAUUGGACCCGCCCGGAUGGGCAGAACUAAUUUUCGCCCAUGCCUGCAUGCUGGCACGGUUCAUGGACUUGCAGCAUACAAUAUCUUCAGAUUCCGUCACACCGGCUGAGCGAGCCAAAGUGCUUCGAGCGUUGUAUGUGCGAGAUCGUAGUCUGUGCACAUUGCGAGGGUCAGUCCUCUGGCUGCCUAGUGAUGACUCCAACAUUGUCUCGCAGUUGCGGGCGAUUCCAGACCAUGACAAAUACUCCCACCGACUGCACCUCUCUUUGAUUCAGGAGGAUAUAUACCAGCUGACCCGAGCGGGUUCAAUGUCUUUUAUUUCCCACAGCUCUCAAGAGAGUCUGUUGCGCACGAUAGAGGAACAGCUCGAUUAUUAUGACCGCACACUGGGUCUUCAAUGCUUGGCGGCAUCAUCUUGUGGGCCGCAGCUUGUCACCGUGCUGGAGUUCUUAAGCACACGAAUCAUGGCUCUGCAACAUGUCCGAGAGCCACGACAUGCCGAGCAAGUUCGAUGCGAUGCGCGAACUAGCUGCUUGCUUUUGCUCACGGCCUCUGGCGACCAAGACCCGGCCAUUGUAUACAGCCUAAACGCCUUGAUAAGUGGAAGCGCUCCCGAGAGAAGCCAGGGACAUUCCAGCUCCGCUAUCCCGUUUUCCAGCAUCCUGGACCAUGUCAGUCGGACACAGACUAAUAACCACCACCGGAAGGUGGCCUGGAUGCUUGCGCAGCUGCUGGCUUUGCUGGAUGUCGUUCCAGAGGUCCAACCAAGACGGUCAGUGACUGAAUCGCCCAAGGCUAUACAGAAUGACAUUUCUACUCCGCCGUAUUGGCCGGCAGCGCCAUCAAAUGUCCCCCUGACAUGGGAGAGUUGGCUGGCUGGGGCAUCAUCUCUGGGGCUUUCGCCCCUUGGCUCUGGGACGCCGUUGGAGACGUGGAAUUUGGUCGGUACUCAGGCCCCGGACACGGAUGCAUUGAUGCCCUGGCCGACGAGUGAGGGGUCGUCGGCCGGGCAGGCCGGUUCGCGGCGUGAAUAG